CGCAUCAAAACGCCUUCUCUCCCCUUCAGGAGAGGGAAAACGAAAGAAGAAGAAAUCGAGAGAGAUAGAGAGAUUCGGAUCUUCGAAACGGGCCUUCUCUCCCAUAGAGAUCUCUAGAAGCUUCUAGAACCUUCCGUUUGUAGAAGCCUCCCUGUCUCGUGUGUGGCGUCCGAGUCACCCCUCCAUUACCGGCUGUGCAUCAUAGUAUAAUUUUUAAAAGAAAACCAUGGCUUCGAAAGGCCCUAGGUCUAAACUCGACCAUGAGACAAGAGCUAGGCGUCAAAAGGCUCUUGAAGCUCCAAGAGAACCUCCUCGCCCCAAAACACAUUGGGAUCAUGUUUUAGAGGAGAUGGUUUGGUUAUCAAAGGACUUUGAAGCAGAGAGAAAGUGGAAAUUGGCCUUGGCGAAGAAGGUUGCUAUUCGAGUCAGUAAGAGCAUGGGGGAUCAUGCCUCAAGAGGAGAAAAGAAAGUGAAGGAAGGAGAGCAGCGGUUGAGGAAAAUUGCACUCAAUAUUUCUAAAGACGUGAAGAAGUUUUGGAUGAAAAUAGAGAAGCUGGUUCUGUACAAGCAUCAGCUGGAGCUUGAGGAAAGAAAGAAAAGGGCACUUGAUAAGCAGCUUAAUUUCCUUUUAGGCCAGACAGAAAGGUACUCCACAAUGCUUGCAGAAAAUCUUGUUAAUGUGCCACUUUCUCAUAAAACAGCACGCUUAGAGUCUGAGACGAAACUACCAAGUGAUCGAAAGAGAGGAGUGGAUGAAGGAAAUCUUAUAGGAAGCACAGAACGCCCUGAACCUCGGUCAGAUAAUGCAGAUGGCGACUAUGGUAUACAAUCUCAAGAUGAAUCUGAAGACGAUGAGCAUACUAUUGUGGAGGAUGAAGCUCUUAUAACUGAGGAAGAACGGAGAGAAGAAUUGGAAGCUUUGCAAAAUGAAAUGGAUCUACCGCUUGAGGAGCUUCUGAAACGAUACACUAAGAAUAAAGUUAGCAGGGAAGGAAGCCCAGGAAGUGGUGAAGAUGUUACUGAAGCUGCCCAGAAAGCAAAGGAUAAAUUCAGGUGUAAGAAAGAUGUGUGUGGAACAACACUCUUGAAGAAGGUGGAAGGGAAAUUACUCGAGGGAGCAUUGAUUAGUUCUGAUUCCUCUAGUGAACUUCCAGAUCUAGCAAACCAAGGAAAUGGCUCUUUACCAUCCAAGCUUCUUGAGAAGUGCUUGGAUGCUGAUAAUGUUCCUGCAUGCGAGGAAAAUCAUCUUCCUAUUGGCAGGAAGAUCAAAUCCAGCAACUCAGUCCCUGCUGCAAGUCAGUUCUGUGGAGAAAGUAGCAGUGAAUUUUCUAAGCUGGAAGACCAGAUUUCAAUCACUAAGACAUGUCAAUCCAAACUUAGCUCAAAGGGUUGCACUGUAUCAGAUGAAGAAUGUUUGCCGCUAGAUUCUGUUGAUGAGCUGGAUGAUAGGGAUUAUGUUGUUGCUGAUGGAGAAGAAAAGGAUGAUGAGACAACCUUGCUAGAAGAGGAGGAGCUGGCAAAAGAAGAACCAAAUGACCCCCUGGAUGAGAUAAAGUUACUGCAACAAGAGAAUGAAAUGACCAUAGAAGAGCUGCUUGCAAGGUAUAAAAAGGAUUCCUACACUGAGGAAGACACCCAGACGGAAUCUGAAUAUGCAUCGACAAGUUCGGAGGAGCAGGCAGGUCAUUCAGCAGAUUGCGACAUUGAACUGGAAACCCGAAAUGUUUCGGUGGAUGACAAUGAUGACGAUGCAGUUGAGCAGGGUGGAUCUGUUGAAGCCAUGGCAAGACAUAAUGAAGUGAAACUCGACAAUAAUUCUGAAGAAGGGAGAGAGAGUGAAAAUAUAAUUGCUGAUGCAGCCGCUGCUGCAAGAUCAGCACAACCGACUGGGAACACAUUCUCGACAACCAAAGUACGUACAAAGUUCCCUUUCCUUAUUAAACAUCCUCUCCGGGAGUACCAACAUAUUGGUCUGGAUUGGCUUGUCACGAUGUAUGAGAAGCGACUCAAUGGAAUUCUAGCUGACGAAAUGGGCCUAGGGAAGACAAUCAUGACAAUUUCUCUUCUAGCACACCUGGCAUGUGAGAAGGGUAUAUGGGGACAGCACCUGAUAGUUGUCCCCACCAGUGUUAUGCUCAACUGGGAAACCGAGUUCCUUAAAUGGUGCCCUGCUUUUAAAAUUCUGACCUACUUUGGAAGUGCAAAAGAACGGAAGUUCAAAAGGCAAGGCUGGCUAAAGCCCAACUCAUUCCAUGUAUGCAUCACGACAUACAGACUCGUCAUACAAGAUUCAAAAGCUUUCAAGAGGAAGAAAUGGAAAUAUCUAAUUCUGGAUGAAGCCCAUUUGAUUAAGAACUGGAAAUCCCAGAGGUGGCAAACUCUGUUGAACUUCAACUCGAAGCGGCGGAUUCUAUUGACAGGGACACCUCUGCAGAAUGACCUCAUGGAACUCUGGUCGUUGAUGCAUUUCUUGAUGCCACAUAUUUUUCAAUCUCAUCAGGAAUUCAAGGACUGGUUCAGCAAUCCAAUUUCGGGUAUGGUGGAGGGGCAGGAGAAAGUAAAUAAAGAAGUUGUUGAUCGCUUACACAAUGUGCUCCGUCCUUUCAUACUGCGGCGGCUAAAAAGGGAUGUGGAGAAGCAGCUGCCAAAGAAGUACGAACAUGUGAUAUAUUGUAGACUCUCGAAAAGGCAGCGGAACUUGUAUGAAGAUUUUAUUGCAAGCUCAGAAACACAAGCGACAUUGGCCAGUGGAAGUUUCUUUGGGAUGAUUAGUGUCAUAAUGCAACUUCGCAAAGUCUGCAAUCAUCCGGACCUUUUCGAAGGCCGCCCAAUCAUAAGUUCAUUUGACAUGGUUGGUAUUGACGCACAACUCAGUUCCUUGGUUUGUACAAUGCUUUCUUCUGGCCCAUUCUCUGAAGUUGAUCUCAGAGGUUUAUCAAUUUUAUUUACUCAUCUUGAUUUCAACAUGACAUCUUGGGAGGUUGAUGAGGUAACAGCUAUUGCUACCCCUUCUAGUUUAUUCGAAGAGGUUAGCCCAGAGCCUGUAGACAAAGCGAGGAAUUGUCACAGGACUCAUGAUCAUCAGAGGAAAGCACAUGGAACUAAUAUUUUUGAGGAGAUUCAGAAGGCACUUCAGGAGGAAAGAAUGAAGCAGGCAAGAGAAAGGGCAGCAUCCAUUGCAUGGUGGAAUUCAUUACAGUGCAGGAAGAAGCCUGUCUAUGGAACAAACCUAAGGGAACUUGCUACCAUAAAGCACCCUGUUUAUGAUAUUCAUCAGCAGAAAAGGAAACCCUCUUGCUACAUGAACUUCUCAUCGAAGCUGGCUGAUAUUGUCCUGUUGCCGGAAGAACGCUCUGAGAUGAUGCUUGACCUGAUCGAGUCUUUUAUGUUUGCAAUUCCGGCAGCACGAGCCCCUUCACCUGAUUACUGGUGCAGUAAAUCAGGUGCUCCUGUGUUUCUGCACCCCUCUUAUAAGGAGAAAUGCACGGAGGCCCUUGCACCACUUCUAACACCAAUCAGACCUGCCAUUGUUCGGCGGCAAGUAUAUUUUCCUGAUAGGCGACUCAUACAGUUUGAUUGUGGUAAGCUGCAGGAGCUUGCAGUCCUGCUGAGACGUUUAAAAUCAGAAGGCCACAGAGCGUUAAUAUUCACUCAAAUGACAAAAAUGCUCGAUAUACUGGAGGCAUUCAUUAACCUGUAUGGUUACACGUAUAUGCGUUUAGAUGGUUCCACUCAGCCUGAAGAGCGGCAAACUUUGAUGCAGCGGUUUAACACAAAUCCCAAAUUUUUUCUUUUUAUUUUAUCUACUCGAAGUGGCGGUGUUGGUAUUAACUUAGUUGGAGCAGAUACAGUCAUCUUCUAUGACAGCGACUGGAAUCCUGCUAUGGAUCAACAAGCACAAGAUAGGUGCCACAGGAUUGGGCAAACACGAGAAGUGCACAUUUAUAGGCUGAUUAGCGAGAGUACAAUUGAAGAGAAUAUCUUAAAGAAAGCAAAUCAGAAGCGAGCACUCGAUGAUUUGGUCAUACAGAGUGGCAGUUACAACACUGAAUUCUUUAAAAAGCUUGAUCCAAUGGAAUUAUUCUCAGGUCAUGGAACGCUUCCCGUCGAGAAUCUGCGGAAAGGAAGCUCAACUGCUGUUGAAAGCUCUAACGGUGGAACGGAGGAGGUUCUUUUAUCGAAUGCCGAUGUGGAAGCUGCUUUGAAGCAUGCAGAAGAUGAAGCCGAUUAUAUGGCUUUGAAAAAGCUUGAACAGGAAGAGGCUGUGGAGAAUCAGGAAUUCACAGAAGAUGCCAUUGGGAGAUUAGAGGAUGAUGAGAUUGGAAUUGAGGAUGAUGUAAAGCCUGAUGACAAGAUCACUGAAGAACAGACUGGUUCUACUGCCAUUGUAAGGAUGGAUGUGGGUGCCACCUCUAAUGGUGGUAAUCUGAAUGAAGAAAGAGCUCUUACUUUAGCCACAGAAGAGGACGAUGUUGACAUGCUGGCUGACGUGAAGCAGAUGGCAGCAGCGGCAGCAGCAGCAGGUCAAGCAAGUUCCUCUUUUGAAAAUCAACUCCGUCCAAUUGAUAGAUAUGCAAUGCGCUUCCUGGAUCUUUGGGACCCGAUAAUAGACAAGUCUGCAAUAGAGCCUCAAGUUGCAUUUGAAGAGGCGGAAUGGGAACUGGAUCAUAUUGAGAAAUUCAAGGAGGAUCUAGAAGCUGAGAAUGAUGAAGAUGAGGAACCAUUGCUAUAUGAAAGAUGGGAUGCUGACUUUGCAACCGAGGCAUACAGGCAGCAAGUUGAGGCCUUAGCUCAGCGUCAGUUGAUGGAAGAUCUAGAAUCUGAAGCUAAAGAGAUGGAAGAUGCAGAUAAUGAAAGAGAUGAGUCUAAUAGGAAUGAGGCUGCAGUUGAGAGGAAACCAAAGAAGUCGAAAAAGAAAACAAAGAAGACGAAGUUCAAGUCUCUGAAGAAAGGAGCUCUUGCGUCUGAACCAGAAGAGUUGCACAAGGAAUUACCAAUAGAACAAAUAUCUGUUGAUGAUAAGGCUCCUUCUCCUGAGGCUCUCUCUCCAGACACCAUGCCACAUUCUCCUCCUAUUCAGAAGAAGCGUAAGAAGUCUCAAACAGCACCAGAGGAAGAAAAAGUCUCAAAGAAAAGCUCAAAGAAACUCACAAAGGCCACCGAAAGCAGUCCCAUGGAAGAUUCCAGCACUUCGGAUAAACAGCACGUCGAAACCAAAAAGCUAAAAUCUGGUGACCGAGUGACUGAUCUGGAUUCCAAACUGACGAGCCGGAGCAAGAUGGGAGGGAAGAUCUCCAUUACGUUCAUGCCAGUAAAGCGUGUUUUGACAAUCAAGUCGGAGAAGUUAAAGAAGAGGGGAAAUGUUUGGUCGAGAGAUUGUAUUCCGUCACCAGAUUCCUGGUCGUCACAGGAGGAUGCAAUACUAUGUGCUAUCGUGCACGAGUACAGUACCCACUGGAGCUUGGUGAGUGAUACGCUUUAUGGCAUGACUGCUGGUGGGUAUUACAGAGGACGGUUUCGCCAUCCUGCCCAUUGCUGUGAGAGAUUCAGGGAGCUAUUUUUCAAAUACAUAUCAUCUACUACAACUGACCAUCCUAACAAUGAGAAAAUCAGCUCUGCCGGUCCUGGAAAGGCACUUCUCAAAGUGACAGAGGAUAAUGUCCGCACAUUACUUGAUGUGGCAAGUGAGCUGCCUGAUAAUGAAUUGCUCAUUCAGAAACACUUCACAGCCAUACUUUCUUCAGUCUGGAGGGCAAAAAUGCGGUCAGACCGUCAUCAGAGUAUGUCGUCUUCCCGGAACGGCUUUUAUUCCACUGGCAGGUAUUCCUCUUAUGCCACAAGCCGUAUUUCUGGAAAGUCCAGAACGGAAUCGGAUAAGAUGAAAAUGCCAAAUUUGGGCCAGAGCAGCAAGGUAGCAGCGGUGCUCAACGGUGCUAACAGAGCACCACGAGAAGAUUCACUGCCUCCAUCCAGCAGGCAAGAAGCACCAGCUAUAGCAGAACGAUUGGAACUAACGUUGGAGUUCGGGAGAAACCGAAAUGAAUGGGGAACCCAUUUGCCAUCGGUCAUAAAUAUGUCAGUAUGGGGCUCAGAUCCACCACGACUGACAGAUGAACCACGAGGGAGAAGUUUGCUACCAGAAUCUUCUUGCAACAUAGCUGAGAACCGCUUCAGGAUGGCAUCGAACUCUUGCUCUGAGGGUGAAGGUCUGGGCUGGGCUUUGUCAGCUUUUCCCACCUGCGAUGUUGUUCGAUCCCGACCCGGUUCAAAAUCUCAGCCGUUAGGCAAGCACAAGGCUGCUUCCGAUUCAAUCAAGCCCAUGAAGUCAUCCAAGCUCCUGAAAACUAUGGAACCAAAUGAGUCGCCCACCAUGAUCAGUAAAUUGGCACUUCCAUCACCUGUAACAGCUUCCAAAAGUCCCAUUUUGAGUCCCAAUCCACCUCUCUUCGCUGCAAUCCCUGAGAAUGAUGAUUUAGAUCCUUUCUUCCCUGGAGUGGACAGUGCUCUUCCAGAGGCGGGGAGUUCCGAAUCUGUUCCGUAUGAGUAUGACCCUAACUUUAUCACAGGCCUUGAGGAUUGGAAAUCGUUACAUGAUGACAUCAUGGACAUAGGAUGAAGCUCUUUGAUAUCUCAAGUACAAAUAUGUUUUUCUUUCUUUUUUU